UCGUGUCUCCCUCCCUGCGCGCGGCCGAUGGGGGAUUCCGGUUUUUCCAGUUGGUUCCUUCAGGUUUAACGCGCAGCAGCUGAGAGACGCGCGUCAGUCCGAGCAGCAGCAGCAUCAUGGCCUCCAGCUCCACCACCAUGGGGAACCUGCCCCGCGGGAUCGGGAUCUGCACCACCAUCCCCGACAUCCUCUACCUGCCGGAGCUGAUCUUCGGCGGCCUGGUGUGGAUCCUGGUGGCGUGCACCCUGGUGGUGCCGGCCAACCCUCAGGGCUGGGUCAUGUUCGUCUCCGUCUUCUGCUUCGUGAUGACCUUCACCUGGAUGCUGGUGUUCGCCUGCGGGGGGCAUCAGAACAGAGGCAGCUGGGCCGCAGCAGACUUUGCGUAUCACGGAGUCGCCGCCUUCUUCUACCUCAGCGCCUCGGUGGCUUUGGCCAAAGUGACUCUGGAGAAGAAGGCGGAGUCAAACCCACAGAACUAUCGGCUGGACAUCUCUGCUGUGGUUUUCUCCUACGUGGCGACUUUGCUCUACUUCAUCCACACCGUCCUGUCGGCCAUCCGCUGGAAAAGCUUCUAGAGGUCUCCUCCCUGCAGAGCAGAACCAGAACUCCUCAGAGUCUGACUGGUGCUGAAGGCUUCAGGUUUCCACUCUGCACUGGUGGACCAGUUUGAGUCACAGACACUUCAGCUCCUCCCACAACCGACAGUCUGCGUUUCUACUGACGUGGACGAGAUGAUGUGAGACAGAAACAAUAAUCCAGCUCAUUUAAAAUGGAUUCAAAACACCUGGAGAAGUACUCAGCAUCUUUACUGUAAAGUAAGUGCAAGAAGUACAAAUACUGCAAAGUUAAUAGUCAAACUUUAAUUUGAUCAACAUUAAAACAACUUAACAACUUAACAACUUAACAUAUUAGAUAAACGUGUCACAGACAUGUGGAUCUGUGUCUGAGGGGCUUUAUUAAUUUGUCCACUGAUACUUUAACUCUUCGUUUGUUCUUUUUAUUUGAAUUCAAAAGUUUCUGAUGUGACGGCUUUUAUAUUUUUAUAAACUUUGUCAAACUGAUUCUUAAAAGCUCUGAUGUGGAAACAGAACGUGAACCAGGAUGUAAGUUGUGAUUUUGAAUUUGUCACAGUUCAUAACCGACAGCUUCGUUUUUGUAAAUGUUUGAAAGAUUUGAAUUAAUUGUAAAAUGAACGAGUUUGUUUUAACAUUUGAAAUAUAUUUUGAAUAAUUUUAAUAAAAAAUCUACACAAACAAAUAAAAUGCAUUUCCACUGUUAGC